GGGAGGUUUAGGGUUUAAGACAUUAGGGUUUUACUCUGUCACCAAAAAUUAAAAGUAUUAGGGUUUUUAUCUGUUAUAUAAUGGGGGGACUCUAAAAUCAAUACCUCAUUCCUUUUCUUUGUUUUGGUGUUGGGGUUUAGUAGAAGCGGCAUAGGUGUUGAAGCAGACGGCUGAAACUGUUGCUCAAAUAGAUUAUACGGCUCAAGGUUGUCUUUUUGUUGUCAAUCGCUCUAAAAAUUAUACAAGUUAGCCUGUGGAAGACCAAAUCGUUCAAAAAGGCACGUGUUUUGAAGACGAACUGGAUGGUGCAGUGGGGUUCUUCUUGGAGAAUUAUGUUUGCUGGCUCACACCAGAAGGACAACUCCCCAUUUUCUUCCAGCAUUGUUGGGGAAGAAGAUAAGAAAGAUAAGGGAGAUGAUGAGGUUAUGACAGCUGAAUCCCUUGUAACAAAUGGGAAGAGGAAGCGUGUUUGCUCUAACAAACUGAAAAUGGCACAAGCAGAUAGAUGUGAGAAGCAAAGGCAAGGUUGUAGUUUCAAGAGAAGCAAGCCAAAGAAGCUCAAGGAGUCCAUAAGCAGAUGGUCUGAAGAUAGGUACAAGCGAGCAGAGCAGUGUCUGUUGGAGAUCAUGAGGUCUGAAAAAGCAGUGUUUGGGAAUCCAAUUGUACGUCCAACACUUAGAUCGGUGGCUCGUAAACACAUUGGUGACACUGGUUUGCUAGACCACUUGCUGAAGCACAUGGAUGGUAAAGUUGCACCUGGCGGCGCGGAGCGGUUCCGACGGUGUUACAAUCCCAAUGGAGUGAUGGAGUAUUGGUUGGAGAGUGCUGACCUGGUUAAUAUUCGGCUUGAAGCUGGGGUGCAAGAUCCUUACUGGAUCCCACCAUCUACGUGGAAACCUGGUAGUGGGCCUAGUGAGGAUCUUGUUUUAUCGGAAGAGCUAAAGUUGCUUAAGGCAGAAAUGGAAAAAACAAAGAGAGAUGUGCAGGAGCUAAUAUCCAAGAGGCAAGAGGAGGACCGACUGAACAUGAAACCUAAUGCUUCGUCGCCCAAUCGGAAAUUGAAACUUGAUCAUUCGACAUUUUCACGACUUUCAUGUCAGGAAAUAAUGUAUGAGGAAUUGUUGAUUUGGAAAGCCAAGACUGAACAACAGCUAAUUGAGAUAUCUAAUUCUUUGAGCAGCAUGCAGGGUGUAUACCAGGAGUUGGAGAAAUGGAAAGCUAAUAUUGAGAAUCAGCUGAGAGAGAUCUCUAAUUCCUUGAGCAGUAUGAAGAAAAAUCGUCUUGCACCUUGGUGGGAAACAUCAGAUUUGAUUAGUUUUCAGCACGAAGAUCUUACACCUUGGCUGGAGAGUGCUGACCUAAAUAUUCCAGGGGAAGUACCUUCUUGGUUGGCAAGUGAUGAGGCCAUUAAGGUUGAGCGUGAAGUUCUGCAAAGUCCUUGCUUGGUGAAGAUUGAGUGCGAGGUUGAGCAAAAUGCAUCCUCAAUCCCAUUGCCUGCAGAAAAGCUUGGUAAAGAUCCAUCCCAAGACCCUGUUUGUGCUAGAGAGCUUGGGCUGCUUAAGGAAGAUUUGGCCAAAAUUAAGAGAGAAGUGCAGGAGAUGGUAACAAAGAAGGAAAUGGAAGAUGAAGCCAACUUCACACCCAACUCUUCAGUUAUUACACAUUCAAGGUUGGACCUUCACAGUUCAUUACUCAUAUUGCAGGAAAUGCACGAGGAAUUGAUGAAAUGGAAAGAUAAUAUUGAGCAACAGCUGCUAGACAUUUCAAAUUCAUUCGCCAGCCUGCAGGCAGAAGCGAAAUGUUCUGGGUUGUGAAUCUUUAAUUUACUCAAAACAAGUAGGAUUCAGGAUCUGUACAGGAGUAAAAAGAGUACAAGAAGACCCGCAUCAAGUCUCUUCUAACCAGCAUCUGCAAGUUAUAUAUUAGCAGCUAACCCAUGAGAUAUACUUAGCUCCAAGAUUAAUUUCUGUUAAUACUUAAUUAGGUUGCUUUGAAAUUUAUGAAACAGUGAUGACCUGUGGAUGCUUAUUUUAUUUGUUUUAAUUUAUGGUAUAUAUAUUUCCUGUUUAUAUGGUUGAAAUGUUAUUACCUUUGGAGAAGUCAUUCAUUAGCUUCUGGAGAAUUUGAUAUAGUAAUGAUGCACUAAGUGAGCUGUUAAACUA